AUGGCCACCUUCGCCAACGCCAUCGCGGCCACUGCCGCCUUGGCCAUUGCCUCCAUGGCCGCCGACCUGUGCCAUGCUCAGUUCGGGCCACCAAUUCACCGUAAUUCUCUGGGUGAGUUGAAGCGGCUGUCCCAGACAUCUUCGGUGGCAGCAUAUCAGACGAAGUUUCUGGCAUUGGCUAGCCGGACGACGGAGCCACUCAUGGAUUCGCAGCAAAUACAACUCUUCACAGCUGGCCUACGCGAGGAAUUGGCCAUCGACGUCGAGUUGCAUCAGCCGGAUGACCUGCAGGAAGCCAUGGGGCUUGCCAGGGCCUACGAACGGAAGGCGUCACGGCUGGCCAGCGGCACGCGUCCGGCACUCCGCGCACCGUUCCGGAGCGGACCGGCUGCUGCCAAUCUGCCAACAGCGCCAGCCGCGACCACCGAGGGCUCACAGGAGCAAGCGCCCCGACAAUUUCGUCGCCUCUCACCGGCGGAACUCGCGGAACGUCGGUGCCAAGGGCUGUGCUACAACUGUGACGAGAAAUUUGUGCGCGGGCACAAAUGCGCUCGUCUGUUCUACAUCGAAUAUGACGACAACGUCGAAGGGGACAUGGAGCCGGCCCCCGACGAGCCGCGUGUGUCGCUCAACGUUCUCGCCGGGUUGGACGGGGCCAACACGAUGCGCCUGCCCGUUGAGAUUGCCGGCGAGCGCGUGGUCGCACUCGUGGACUCUGGGUCGACACACAACUUCAUCCAUACCGAGCUGGCGCGUCACCUGUGCCUCCAUCUGUCUCCAGUGCGCCAUGAUCUCUAUGUCGUCGUGGCGAACGGCGAUCGUCUGGUCAGUCCAGGCCGGUGCGCCAACCUCCGUCUUCGCAUUGAAGGGAAGCUGUUCACAGUCGAUUGCUUCGCACUCGACAUCUCCACCGUCGACAUCAUCCUCGGCACCGAGUGGCUCAGCACGUUGGGGCCAAUUUUGUGGGACUUCCGGAAUAUGCGCAUGUCAAUUUGGCGCAGUACGCGCGAGGUCACCCUUCACGGCCUCGCCAACCGCCGGCCGCCCCAUUGUGAGAUGCUGGAAACAGAGGACCUCCUACCCCGCCUACUUGACGACUUCGCCGACAUCUUCGCGGAGCCGCAGGGACUGCCUCCCGCGCGGCCGAUCGAUCACCGCAUCCACUUGAAGCCGGAUGCAUCGCCGGUGGCGAGAUUUUGCGUCGACUACCGUGCUCUAAACGCCGCCACCGCCAAGGACAAGUUCCCAAUACCCAUCGUCGACGAACUCCUCGACGAACUCCGUGGUGCUCGAUUCUUCACCAAGCUGGACCUUCGCUCGGGCUAUCACCAGGUCCGCAUGCACGACGCCGACAUCCACAAGACGGCGUUCCGCACUCAUCAAGGCCACUUCGAAUUCUUGGUUAUGCCGUUCGGACUCACGAACACGCCGGCGACAUUCCAGGCCCUGAUGAACUCGGUGCUCGCUCCCUUCUUGCGUCGAUUCGUCCUCGUAUUUUUUGACGACAUUUUGAUCUACAGUGCGACAUGGGCCGAACAUCUGCAACACGUGCAAGCUGUCCUUCGCGCCAUCCACAACAACAAGCUGGUGCUCAAACACUCCAAGUGCCGUUUCGGCGAGCGCCAAGUCUAAUACUUGGGGCACACCGUCUCCGCCGAAGGAGUAGCCAUGGAUGAACUCAAGGUCCAGGCCAUUGGUGCGUGGCCGACGCCGCGCUCCGUCCGAGCCGUCCGCAGCUUUCUGGGGCACACCGGCUACUACCGCAAGUUCAUCAAGAAUUACGGCACCAUCGCCGCCCCACUGACGGCCCUUCUCAAGCGGGAGGCCUUCCGGUGGUCGCUAGAAGCGGACGCAGCUUUCGCGGCGCUCAAGGCGGCGCUCUCCUCUGCCCCGGUCUUGCAACUUCCAGACUUCGCCAGGACAUUCACCGUGGAGUGCGACGCCUCUGGCUCGGGCAUCGGUGCAGUGCUCCACCAAGGCGCCGGCGCACUGACCUUCUUCACCCGGCCACUCGCGCCGCGACACGCCAGCCUCACUGCCUACGAACGGGAACUCAUUGGGUUGGUUCAAGCCGUGCGCCACUGGCGUGCGUACCUGUAGGGACGACAGUUCGUCGUUCGUACGGAUCAUUAUAGCCUCAAGUACCUCCUCGACCAGCGCCUGUCCACUAUUCCUCAGCACCGUUGGGUUAGCAAGUUGAUGGGCUUCGACUUCAC